GCACCAUUCCCACCUAACGGCUCUUCUUCUUGUCUCUGUGUAUGCAUGUGUGUGAUAAACUGAGGAAACAUUUUGGUGAUGGCCAACAAGAAUUCUGCGAAAAACCCUUUAUCGAUUCUAUCAUUUUAUUACUGGGUUUUGGAAAUAGUAAUCCAACUGAUGAUCCUGACCGUCAGUUCGGGGCCAUCUGAGCUGACAGCAGUUAAUCUACGGACCAAACCAGGAGAUUAUCUGCAGAUGCCUCGGGGUUCAACAUUUAAGAUUGCUAUUUUUGCUGACUUGCAUUUUGGUGAGGAUGCUUGGACUGAUUGGGGCCCGCAACAAGAUGUGAACUCCAUCAGAGUCAUGUCCAAUGUCCUUGAUCGAGAGCACCCAGACUUUGUGAUUUAUCUCGGAGAUGUCAUCACGGCCAACAACAUACCAAUAGAAAAUGCAAGCCUGUAUUGGGAUCAAGCAAUUUCUCCAACAAGAGAGAAAGGAAUACAAUGGUCCACUGUCUUUGGAAAUCAUGAUGAUGCACCAUUUGAGUGGCCAAUGGAGUGGUUUUCGUCCAGUGGAAUUCCUCAGCUUAGAUGUCCUACAACAAACGUUUCAUAUUCAGGAGGCAAAAAUUGUAGCUUCAGAGGCACACCACGCUUGGAGCUGAUGACUAAUGAGAUCCAACAUAACUCAUUAUCAUACUCCAAGAGUGGGCCAAGUAAUUUAUGGCCAAGCGUUUCCAACUAUGUUCUCAAACUGUCAUCAUCAAGUGACCCUGAAGUCACAUUGGCCUUAAUGUACUUCUUGGAUUCUGGUGGUGGAUCAUACCCAGAGGUUUUAUCUAGUUCCCAAGCAAAUUGGUUCAAUCAGACGUCUCAGCAGGUCAACCCUGAGUCAAGGGUGCCAGAGAUAAUGUUUUGGCACAUACCAAGUCAAGCCUAUAAGCGGGCAGCUCCAAGGUUUCUCAAAGGCAAGUGCGUGGGUUCAAUGUUUAACGAGAGUGUUGCUGCUCAAGAAGCAGAAAUGGGCAUGAUGAAACUUCUUGAAGCAAGGCCCUCUGUUAAGGCGGUUUUUGUAGGUCACAAUCAUGGAUUGGACUGGUGCUGCCCAUACAAGCAGCUGUGGUUGUGCUACGCUCGGCACAGUGGCUAUGGUGGCUAUGGAAACUGGCCUCGGGGGUCUAGGAUUCUAGAGAUAACUGAACAGCCUUUCUCUAUCAGGUCAUGGAUUCGGAUGGAAGAUGGUAGCUCACACAGUUCAGUGGACUUGAGUUCUUGAUAGUCAUGUUCCUUUCUGUUCUGGCUCUCAUGGGGGUUUGUAUUGGUUGGGUUAGGGGGAACAUGUUGCAUAUUUUCAGCUGAAAUAUUACAUGAUUUAUUGGUACUUUCAUUGUUUUACUAUGGAUAGAAACACACACACAAAAAAAUGGAACAGCCCUGUAACACGAACUUUGUAAAUAUAUAGCCCUUGUACAUAAAAAUCACAUUAUUGACUAUCU